AGCGACGGACGUGGUGGGAGAGAGCGCGCGCGCCUGCCGCCCGCCGGCCAUGGAAAAGUGUCGGCCGCGCGCCACCGGGUAGCCCAACAGCAGCCAUGCGGUGGACCGCCGCCGCCGCCGUCCUGCUCCUCUGCAGCGCCGUGCCCUGCAACUCGGAGGAGGAGGAGCCGGCCGGCGAGCUAUGCAUUUACAGCGCCCGCUGCAUCACAAACUCGCCGCGACUCAUCAAGGUGCAGCACUCGCCACAGUCGCAAUCCUACAGCUAUUUCUACCAGGUGCCGCGCCGCAUCCGGAAGGUGGUGCGCCGCAAGCUGGUGCGCGCCGACGCGCCCAAGCCGGCGGCCGCCACCACCACCGCCGCGCCGCCGCUCGCCGACGACGACGAUGACGCCGUCGACGACGACCCGGCCGCGCUCUUCGACCACAUCCAGUUGACGCCCGUCUUCGGCCGGCGGCUGAGCGCGCGCCGCAGCAACGACACCGAAGCCGCGACGACGGCGGCGCCGCCGCCGGUCGAGACGGAGGCCAGUCCGAACCGGCUGGGGGCGGGCCGGCGGCGGCGGCCGGCGCGGCGCCGCCUCCGGCCUCAGCGGCCCGCCGCCGCUGACGACAGCGACGAGUUGAGUCAGCGGGCCAACACGCUGGAGGCGGCGUCGCGCCACGGCUCGACCACGUCCGGCGAGCGCGCCUUCCGCGUGCAGCGGCUCAAGCGACGCCGCAAGAUCAUGGCCAAGAAGCUGGUCCGCAAGCAGUUUCUCGCCCCGAGCGAGGCGACGCCGCGGAAGAAGAUCCUGAAGGUGGUGGCGGUGCGGAAGCGGCCGCGCGUCAUCCCCGGCCUCUCCGAGGUCUACCACGACAACCUGAUCAACAGCCUGAUCUCGGAGGAGUACCCCACGCUACAGCCGUCGCCCGGCAUCAAGGGCUUCCCGGGCGUCGACUAUCCGAUCUACCAGAGCAUCCCAGAGACGACCUUCCAGUGCAGCCAGCAGCGCUACUGGGGCAUGUACGCCGACACGGCCGCCCAGUGCCAGGUGUGGCACUACUGCGACCAGGACGGCCACAAGCACUCGUUCCUGUGCCCGAACGGCACCGUGUUCAGCCAGGUGACGUUCAUCUGCGACUGGUGGUUCAACGUGGACUGCAACAACGCCGUGCAGCUGUACGUGACCAACGAGGCGCUGUCGCUGCUGCCGGCGCCGCCCGAGAAGACGUUCCCCGAGGACUUCAAGGGCCCCAUCGUCGACUGGUACAUCUACCAGCGGCACCAGGAGCGCGCCUACAGGAAGGAGAAGUUCCUGCGGGAGCUGGAACAGGGCCGCCAGCUGAAGGCCAUCAAGUUCCUGGAGACGCACGACUUCCCGCCCUGGUUCACUGAGCGCGACCAGGCGCUCUACCUGAAGCUGAAGGCGCUCGAGCGCAAGUCCAAGCAUAACGAACAGCCGUCGCAUCGGCCCGUCAAGAAAGAGCUGACGCAGUACGCGCCCUGGUGAUCGCACCGCCAUCUAGUGAGAGGGCGCGCAGACACUGAUUCGCUACCCGCCGCGAGAGGCGGGACGCCCCAUGUGCCACAAACAUUCGCGUGAUACCUUGACCGUUCUGUUACCGGGUCUGUGAAAAGUGCUGCGCGUGAGGUGAGAGUGCAGCGUCCCGACCUGACGCACCGAGCGGGUCUGUUUGUCAGCGUGCCACUGGGGGUAGUCUGAGAGCCGACGCUGAGCGGCGCGGUCCAAACGCCGCAUUUCAACGGGAAGUUGAAAGACUUCGGAAGGAAAGAUAGCCUAUGCUGGUUAGAUCAAAUAUUUCCAGACACUGCCUGGUGAGAGGAAUUGUUGCUGACGUUAGCUUAGAAUAUACCACAAAAUCUGCAUUAUCAGAAAUAUAUAUUAUUCCCGACCCAG